AUGAGCAAUUAUCCCGACGAUGGCCGACCGAAGAACGACUCCUCCGGCUUCACAAUCGGGGCGCGAAAGAAGAUCCGACCCACAUAUUCGUGCUUGAACUGCCACAAGCGCAAAGUCAAGUGCGACAGAGUGAAGCCAUGCGGGGCAUGCUGUCUUCGAGGCACCCCGUCGGAGUGCGAGUAUGGCACCAGCAAGAAAGACCGGCAUUAUAUUCAGCAAUCCACCCUCAUCGAAAACCUCACGCGAACCUGUGACAGCCUUCGGCGCCAGCUGGACGAAGCUCGCCGCCUUGCGAACCUGCCCCCCAUAAAGCACGAGGAGAGUAGCGGCGGCCUAUAUCGCAUCCGGUCCGACGGGGAUGACGAGACAAUCGAGGACGCGCCGGAUCUGGCGGAAGGUUCCCCUCCUGAGCGUCUUCCCGACCCAUUCCACCGCUCCACGUGCCCCUCUUCGUUAUCACACUCCAAAAAACAGUUGACGGACCCGGCUCUAGCUACCGCUGUGAUGGAUCUCUUCGUCGAACGCUUGAUCAGCAACUUUAGCCCCAAAGAUCACGCGAAAUAUGGUGGGACCAUUGCAUUGCGCGAGGCCUCGGAAAUGCGAAUGUUAUCGCCCAUUAUAUGUAACGCCUUUGAGGCGGCGUCGCUCACGUUUGCCGGUCGCAGGGACCGAAACCUGUCGGUCGAGGUUGCCGGGCACUCGCGGUAUGUUCGGGUAUUGCGACAACUGCAGAAUGCUUUGUACGACCCAAAGCAGAGUCACUCCACCGAAGUACUGGUUGCCAUCCUGCUGGCCACCAUAAUUGAGGCCUUCAAACAAAGCUCCAGCGAUUCGAUCUUCAGGCACCAACUCGGAGGCCUCGAGCUUCUCCGCACGCGAACUCCAUACCGGCACCGCUAUGGCAUCGAGCGGUCGUUAUUUGUCGAUCUCCGACUCUACUGGAUCACCGCCGCCCUCGUGCAUCGAAAGCCAACUUUCAUGGCGUCUAAAGAGUGGCUGAGCGUCCCUUGGCCGGAUGAUGCCGCAUCAAAAGAUAUAUUACAUCGGCUCUUGGAUAUCGCCGUCGAUAUUCCCGGGUACCUUUAUCGAAUUGACGAGUUCAUGGCCCUGUUACAGGAAGGCACCACGGCCCCAAGUCAGCUGGUAGCGAUGCAGUCCGCGAUAUGGGAACAAGCUGGCGACCUCCAGGCCCGCUUAAACUCGUGGAAGACGGUGCAUGCCGACACAUAUCCACUUGGAGCACCCAGCGAGGAACUGGACGAUGAGACGGCAGACGGCUUCCCAGUAUUCAGAUGCCGGAACCCCAGCACGAUGCAUACCACCACCGCCACAAUUCUACAGUAUCCUGAUAUCUUGCUUGCUACUUCCAUGUGCUUUUACUGGGCGUUUUGCUUGGUCAUCUCUGCCACGGACAGUGGUCUAGUCAGUGUGUUGGGACUGCAGGAGCGAUACCAGUUUGCCUGCAACAUCUGUCGCAGCAUGAAAUAUUACAUCCAGAAUAUCCCGGGUUGUCUGGUGUCGCGGAUCAUGUUUGUGCUACGAACGGCAUUGGAUGCGUUUGCAGAUGGCAUGAUUGAGAAGGAAUUCCUAGUCGAGGUCUUCCGUUACAUCGGGAAGAAGCUGGAAUUCCCAGUAUUCUCGAACCAGUGCACUUCCUCUGCCGUCAAGCCUGAGUACAAAUGA